ACUUCCAGUGUGAUGAUUGUGCAUUGUUAGUAAACAUUCGACAGCUGAAUGAUUUUGUUCACGUUUUACGUAUUUACCAUUCCCUUUGCUUCGUAAUUUCAUUAUUAAAACCUACACCGAUAUUCCCUCUAGAUGGGAUUUUGUUUGCGAGGGUUCAUAGAAUGUCCAAAGAAAUAAUUGCGGGCGAGGAAAAUGCCGACCUGAAAGCCACUUCCAGUAGCGAGCGAACCAAUAAAAAAUUCAACAGUAACAAAAGAACUUCCACCGGAAAAGCGGAUCGAAACGGAAACUCCACGGAAACAGCAGCCGGACGAAAAUUUAGUGAUCGUCACAUUAUCAAAAAACGGGCUCUACCAAAAUACUACACGCGGGAGAACGACAUUUACGUGACCUAUAAAUCGGAUUUCACGUUUCAGUUCAAGAAGUGUCUGGAGAUAUUGAAUUCCCAUAUCGGUGAAGUAUUUCUUCAUUGCACGGGAAGAGCAAUCAAUCGGGGAAUCAAUCUUGCGUUAAAAAUUAAGGAAGAGUAUUCUGACGCUUUUGACUACGAAGUGAAUACUUCCACGAUCACGGUUACUGAUGACCUUCAUCCAUUGAAAGACGACGAUGAUUUUAGUGAACAGCGUCGCAUGAAUUCCUGCUUACAUAUUCGACUGUACCGAACUGUUAAGUCGAAGGCAUUAAAUUCGACUGUUUAAAAGCGAACGGCUCUCUGCAC